AUGUCUGCGAAGAAUGUUCAAGUGUUCAAUAUGAUGGUGAAGGCACUCAUAGUCCAGUCGUUUAUGCCAUUGAUUUUUUCAUUUCCCGGCAUGAUUCUCUAUAUGCUACUGCAAUUCAUAUCGCUUCGUUGGGUUGCAGCUGAAUAUCUAGGAAGCGCUAUAUCUGCAUUUGUAAUUGUGGUCGAUCCUUGCAUCACUCUGUACUACGUUUUACCAUAUAGACGUUAUCUACUAAGAAGAUUCGGUUUUGUUAAUGAGGCUGCUUCAAAAACAACAGUAAGUGUCGUCAUACAGACGCCACGGAGUGUGAUGAAAAGCAAUCAGCAGCUUGAAUAG